AUGAUGUCCUUCUUGUUGUUGUUGAUAUUGAUCCUUCUUGGUCACGCCCCGUUGGUGGUACGAUCUCUACAAGCAUCACCAAGAAGUAUAUUUGUCCUCGCAGGACAGAGCAACAUGGCUGGCCGUGGUGGCGUGGAAGAGAACUCGGAAACUGGCCAAAACAUCUGGUAUGGCUUUGUACCGCACCAGUGCGAAUCAAACCCUUCAAUCCUCCGUCUCAACGCAGACCUAAAAUGGGUCGAAGCUCACGAGCCACUCCAUGCGGAUAUUGAUGUGAACAAGACCAACGGAGUUGGACCCGGGAUGGCCUUUGCCAAUACGAUCCUAACCAAGGACAGGGAGCUGGGGCCAGUGGGGCUUGUUCCUUGUGCCAUCGGAGGUACUAAAAUAGUUGACUGGAAGAAAGGGAGUGUAUUAUAUAACCAGUUGAUGCGGAGGACAAAGGCGGCGCUGCAGGGCGGCGGAAUGAUUAAGGCGCUUCUAUGGUACCAAGGAGAGAGCGAUACGCUGAUCCAAGACGAUGCUGUGAUGUAUAAGCAGAGGUUGGAGGAGUUUUUCACAAAUGUUCGUGCUGAUUUGCAGUACCCUAUGCUACCAAUAUUUAUGGUGGCAGUGGAGUCAGGAGGAACUUACAUAAACAUGGUAAGGCAAGCUCAAUUGGGAAUUCUCCUUCCUAAAGUGCAUUGUGUGGACGCGCAGGGAUUGCUGCUGAAACCCGGUGGUUUGCAUCUGACAACCCGAUCUCAGGUAUCACUCGGGGAGACGUUGGCUCGCGCAUUUCUCAAGUUUUCUCAAACUAGCUCUUACUAG